ACUUUUCAUAGAUUUUCUCCACAUUAAUAUUAUAAGAUUAAUAUUUUGUGAAGAUUUCUGAUAAGAAAUUGUGCGAUUCGGGAGGCUGGAGUUUGUAGAUGUUGAGAUGAACGUUGAGAUGACCGUGGAGCAGAUGGUGAUAGUUGGUUGGUUCCUGUGUAUCUCCUGCUCUUUCUGAAGUGCUUUUUCCACGUCUUAUCAGCUCUCAGGUUAUUCCGGGAGCUCUGAUGCCAGGAGCGAGGCCAUGUAUGGAGACAGGAAGAGCAGCUUUUAGACCCACAAUGCACCGGGGCACGAGGUUAAAUCAGACACACAGAAGUUCUCCAGCUCUGAUAUUCCGCACCAUGAGCUCUCUGGCCGGCUGCUCUUCCUCUCGCUCGUCCUCGUUCCGUUCUUCUGCGAGGUACAGCUGCAGCAGCGUCAACUCCAUCCAGACUGAAGCUGCUUCUUCUCCACCAGAUCCUCUCUUCAUGCCCUUCCUGAGAGAACAGAGAGCGACACGUUUUGGGGCUCAUGAAGGCGAUGCAGACUCAUUCGGAGGUUGCCAGGGAGACAGAAAAUCCAACUCAGAGGGUUACCACGGUGACUGGAGCCAUGGAGACGCACACGGAGUAAUCUGGGUGGACGGUGGUUAUUACACGUCCGUCAAUGUCAGUCGAUUUGCGCCUCAUGACAUUGUGGUGAUGGCCUUCAACAGCAGCAUCGUUAUUCACGCUGAGAAGCUCGGAGAAGACGGUGGUGUUAUUGACAGAUUUACCCACAAGUCUUUGCUGCCGGAGGACAUGGACCCUCUGUCUGUGAGCGGGACUCUGAUGCCGGACGGCGUGCUCGUGAUCAGUGUGAAAAGCUUGUCUACAUCCCUGUCACGUCCCUGACCACGACUUAAAUAACCAAAACACACACACACACACACACACACACACACACACACACACACACACACACACAUGAUAACACACAUAUACAGGGCAACAGAACAGUAAGAAAAUUUUGAACUGACAUUUACAUUUACAUUUACAUUUGCGGCAUUUAGCAGACGCCCUUAUCCAGAGCGACGUACAAACGUGCUUUAAAUCUCUAGUAGUGAAUAAAUCUACACUGGUACGCAAGAAUACAAACUCAAUAUAAAUAUAACUCGAAUUCUACAAACUUGGAAAGUGCUAAUUUAGGUAUUUUAGGAAGAGUCAGUAUGUGCCAGUAUGUGCUACUGUAUUAUUACAGUUAGCAUUAGCAUUGUGGAUAAACUUUAUUAAUUUGUGUUAAAGAUUAGCAUUUUAACUGUAAUCAUAAUAUCAUUUAAAUACAACCCCAUAGCAGCUACAUGUAGCGUACAGUUAACAUUCUGUCCGUGAUAUUCUACAGAUGUUUGCUAAUUCCUGAUUAUCUGUGGACCACAGAUGUGUUUAGCUGUGCUUCUGGGGUUACUUUAUUACCUCAAAACAUGUUAACAAUGCUAAGCAGGGUGCUGGGGGUGUGAGCAUGAUGGAGAUGAACUAUUUCAUAGGGUUUUAUGGGGUGCUUUUUUUUCUACAAACCGCAGGACAUUGUGUUUAUUAUUGUGUGUGUUUAUUAACUGUCUAGCCGUAAUCAUCCUGACAGAUAUAAAUCACGUCAUUUCUACACACGUCAGUGCCGUGUCUUCUAAAAUAAAGCCUCUACACUAAACACAA